CCCCUCUUUCCUCUUGCUAGGCGCUUCCUCUUUUUAUUGUUGAUCUCCCUUUGCCGAUGUUACCUAUUCCCAUUUGUUAGGCGCCCUCUUUUACGAGUUUUUCUUUGUGUACUUUUGAAGGCGCCUCCUUCGCUAAUUAGCACUCAUUGGGUUAUUUUAACACCUUUUUCCCCUUGUGCCUUUUGUUAUCUGGGAUUUUCCAAUCAGGUUAUUGCCCUCCACGAGGCGUCGCGCGUCGUUCCCUCUGGAACUUCAUCAUUUUCCGCUAGGUUUCGAUUUCAAGGCGUCGAAGACGCCUUCCAACACAUAGUUACGAGGCGUGACAACGGUUUUUUACCCGCGCGUUACCGACUUAGGCGUUGCACACGAUUCUCCUCCAAGACCCGCUUUGCUGCCCACCUUUCUCUUAUGGCUUCCAAUAACUCGCAACCCUCUACUUCUAUGGGUGGCGCCUCCGUUCCCUCUAAAGGGAAAGCCAAAGAUUCUUCGAGCCAAGUCAGGAAGAUGGAUUUUGACUACUCCAGGUUGGUGAAGAUGACGAAGAAAGCGCAUUGCACCUCUAGGGUUGGGUCGCAGAAGGCGCCUAGCGCUCCUACUGGGCGUGUGCUUCACUCCUCUGAACAGGCGCCUGAUGCUACUAGGGAGGCCACGUCACCUCACUUGUUUCUUCCUUUGGAUCCGCGUGACCAUCUUCCGGAGAAGACUUUGGGAAAGCGUCCUGCUUCCAUGAGUUCCCCUGCUGAGGUCAAAAAGAAGAAGAAGAAGAUCGGACUUGAGAGUAUUGAUGAGAUCCUGGCGCCUCCGCGCUCGAGGCAUGUGGUGAAGCCCAAAGAACUUGUUCCAAUCUCUCCCUCUGCUGCACUCAAUGUGCCGAGCGCGUUCACUUCUGCCAUGGAGUUGAAGAACUUCCUAAAGCCUACCCUCGACGAGGGCACCUCUCCUGCUGGCUCGGCGUGUCAACAUUUGUUUCAGGCGAUGCUUGACGUAGUGGCUCUUUCUGACAAGAGUCUGGAAAAUCGAGAGCGCGCCCACAAGAACUACGUACUGGCCUCUCAAAUGAAGACUGACAAGGCGACCCUACAAGGCGUCAACUCUCGCUUGGAAAGUGAGUUAUCGUUGGUGAAGCAGCAAUUGUCUGACUCAUUGGCCGCCGGGAGCGCCUCCGCUCGUAAGGAGAUGGAGAAGGAGCUAGCACUUCGAAAGAAAAAGAUUGAGGAUUUGGAGAGGGAGUUGCAGGCCGUGUCUACAGCCAAAGGGCGCCAGCAGGAGGAGUUCAGGAACAAGCUAGCCAAGGAACGUGAGGAUACUGUGGAUGUUCAUUUGGCGUCAGCGGAGUUUUGUGACUGGAAGCGGGAUCUUCUAACUGUUGUGAAGAAGAGAGCUUUCAUUGGUAUCACAAUAAGGUUCGGUCCGAUAACCCUGACAUGAAGUGGGAUACGCCGGAAGUCUGGCAAGCGAUGGAUGAUUACUUCUUGUCUCUUGGUACGGACAAUGAGCCUUCUGAUUCUGAUCCGCUCCCACUAGAUGAGGGUGACUCCUCCGCUGAUGACGUCGAGAUUGAUGUUGAGGAGGCUGGUGACGAGGAGGUGGGUGACAUCGUCGAAGGUGUUGUCGCUGCUAGCGUUGGUGUUGAGGAGGAAGGUGGGAAGGAUGUCGCUGCUACUAAUGGUCAGGGUGGCGCUUCAGAUGGUGGUACUUCUGACCACUCUAGCUCUUCCGAUGAUGCUUCGAGCAAGUCGGACUAUUAUGGUUAGGGUGUUUCUUAUUACUUGUUGCUUGUUUGAACAAUGUUAAUGGGCUGGUCGUGUUGACGCCUUUUGCGUAUUUCGCCUUUGCAUCUGUCCUUGG